AUGUUUUUGAAUCACGUUUUGAACUUGUUAUAACCUAUUCUUGGUGGAAUAUUUUGUUUUUUAUUAUUACAAAAUGUCUUACAAAGACAAUUUUAAUGUUUUUGUCGGUGCCAAAUCAGGUACAUUUAAAGGUGUUAAAGUAACAUCUAAAUCAUGUGUGAUGAAAAAUAUACAAAACUUACUAUCCAUAACCGAUAAUCAUGAAGUAACCUACAUGACUUGGGGAAACAGUGAAGAAAAGGACAUUCUUUUAGCAUGUGGAUCUAAAGGAAUUAGAAGUGUCAAGGUGUAUGAUACAGUAAAUGAAACAUUUAAAUUGUCAUUUGUUUGUGAUAUUGGCGAAGGAAAUAUUACUGGAAUAUCAAGGUAUAAAGAAGAAAUCUUAACUGCAGUUCAAUCUGGUCAUAUUAAAUUAUGGAGAAAUAAUGAAGAAGAUAAGGAAUAUAUAUUGAAUGCUGGUGAAAAUUUGCUUUGUAUGAAAAAAGCUAAUGUUCGUUCAAAUAUUAUUGGCACUGGAGGUCUAGAAAAUCCUCUAAAAUUAUUUGACUUGGAGAAAAAAAUCAGCAUUUUUACUGCAAAAAAUGUCUCUCACGAUUGGUUGCAAUUGAGAGUUCCAAUUAGUAUUAACGAUUUACAUUUUCUAUCUAAUAAUAAGGAAAUAGUUACGGUUGGUAAAUACGGUUUCAUACGUGUGUAUGAUACAAAAGCUCAGAGAAGGCCUGUUAUUAAUUUAGAAAUUAAAGAAGAAUCUUUAACAAAAAUAUCAACUUGUUCGCAAGAUAAACAAAUUAUUUGUGGAAGUGGUAAAGGCAGAAUAAAUAUGGUAGAUUUACGAAAGUGUGGUAGAGUGUUAAAUACAUACAAGGGUCCAGUCGGUGCAGUAACUGGUGUCGCUGUUAAUAAAACAGAUCAGUAUAUAGUUAGUGCUAAUUUAGAUAGGUAUUUGUAUAUUCAUGAUUUGAAUACAAAAGCAUUAUUGAAAAAAGUUUAUCUAACGUCAAAAUUAUCCAGUAUGGUUAUGCGCUCUGAAUUUACAUUAAAUGUAUUAGAAGAAGAUAACCAAAGCAACGACGACGAUGAGUUUGAAUCGGAACACGAAUUUAUUAAUAUUGACGAUUCAAACUGAUUUUUACAACCGAUAACAAACUUAAAAAUUUUA